UUUCGGUUCUGUCCGGCUCUUCACCAUGCUGAGGUGAGAGAAAUAAUUGCGUCCCUAACUUAUCUAUUCUUGCCUAACGACCGCGCACGAGAUGGUCCGCCUCGUGCCCUCACUAUCAUUCCCUCUAUUUUUUUUUUUUUUCUCUCCGGAUCGGCUCUUGCACACGCAGUACUGGACCACCGACUCUCCAUCCAAAGUUAGUUUCCCAAACUAUUGGAGCUGAUCCAAUCGUGGCCCAAAUUCGCAAUGCCACUUGGGGGAGGAAAAGAGGCUGAUCCACCUGACACUAUUGUUCCUCCUUAUCCAUGCCCUGCAGUGAGAUCAUUUGAUUGGAUGUCCCCUCCAUCAGUAUUUCCUCCGACUCUGCGUUCUCCUUUUUUAUUAGUCGUCUUUUGCCUCCCCUUCUAAUCCACCGACCCGCCACUCGAUACUCCAUACACCACUAUAUACCGAAUACUCCAUAUAGUACCAAGUAAAAAAAGAAAGAAAAGAAAGAAAGAAAGAAAACCGAGACGAUGCAAACCAAACGCACCAGAAAUAAAGGGACGAUCAUGACAGCACGCCCGAGCACCAGAAACGGGGCACAGAUCAACACUUCCCCAUACGGGGCACCGAGCUUACUCGACAGCAACCAAAGCCGUGACCGCUUAAAGCUGUCGAAACAUACCCUGACAUGGCACGGGCUUCCUUGAUAAAGCAAAACAUCCUUGAUUCAAAUCCACCCGUCCAAUCCACGCCUGAAACUGGCCAGAGCCCUGCCGAUAUGAACCCACUAAGUUAUCUAAGUUGGGACCCCUCCUCCCAGAGAUUGAUAAUCUUAUUCGGCAGUUACCAGGUCGAAAAGCCAAAAAAGACAAAGCCCCGUCCAAUUUCGGGGGAAUGAAUUUCAUACCAAAGGGUGUGUGGACUAAACCUCUGUUAAUGGCGGGUAGACUAAUGCCGUAUCUCCAUUCGUGGGUCGUUCGUUUUUCUCCCGCGGGGUUCAACGUAAUUUCCAUGGUUGAUGGUGACAGGUUCAUUCAGAUUGGAUUAAUCAACUAGAUCAUGGGAUGAGUAAAGUGAUCUCAGCUGAGAUCAGCUCAGCCAACAUCGUUCGAACUGGUGUGGUAAGCUGAGCAAGAAAGUAUACUCCGGAUGAACUAUAUCUGAUGCACAUUAGUAGUCACCUCAGUAGGGCAAGUACCGAAGGAGUCCCCACGACGGAGACGAUAGGCCACGGAGUACUUCGGACCUACAUGACUCGAGCAGUCGAUCUUCCAAGGCAAAUUUCCCAGGAACCACUGGGAAAGACCGAACCACCCAAUCUAUACCCAUGUACAUACGUACGCAAUGCUAGUAUAACCCCGGCGUACAGUAGUGGUAGUAGUCGUCAUGUACAUGCCUACUACCCAUCGCCCAUAAAGUACUCCGUACGGAGUACCAAUACAUUCCUUCAGGUAGAACCGCAGGAUUCCGAUCCCAGCACCCACCAAUGUAAAACACAUCUGAAUCAGCCCACGGUCGUCGUCUCACGAUGGACCAGGAUGUCGGAUCCCUGCAUGCAUGAGCUCGGCUCCACCCUGCCUGGCCCAGAUGAUACUAAAAUCGUCCGGCCCCCAGAAAAAAAAAAGCAAUAACAGAACUGUUUGAUUACGUCUCAGGCUAGCCCUAGC